UCUAACUUGAUUCGAUUGGUGGUGCUUUAUCGCCCUGAAAAUCUCCUUUAAUUGAUCAGUAACAUAAUCGGAUGGAUAAUUUGACCCCAAUUUUGUACGAUCACAUCUUGGUGGGGAUAGAUUAUCUCUUGCAUAUAUGACUUUCAUAUCGUGCUUAUAUGAUUUUGAAGUUGGUUAGAUAUUGCAGAAAAUGUCGUCUCCAAGCAAAAGAAAAGAUAUGGAUGUCAUGAAACUGAUGAUGAGUGACUAUGCUGUGGAGCCAGUAAAUGAUUCCAUCAAUGAAAUCAAUGUGGAAUUCCAUGGUCCAAAAGAAAGUUUAUAUGAAGGUGGUGUUUGGAAAGUGCGUGUGGAGCUUCCAGAUGCUUAUCCAUACAAAUCUCCUUCUAUUGGUUUCUUAAACAGGAUUUUUCACCCAAAUGUUGAUGAACUGUCUGGAUCUGUCUGCUUGGAUGUCAUCAACCAAUCUUGGAGUCCAAUGUUUGAUCUUUUAAAUGUAUUUGAGGUUUUUCUCCCCCAACUUUUGCUAUACCCAAAUCCUUCAGACCCACUAAAUGGUGAUGCAGCAUCAUUGAUGAUAAAGGACAAGGAGCAAUAUGAGAAGAAAGUCAAAGAAUAUUGUGAGCUAUAUGCAAAAAAGGAGAAUAUCAAUGGCAACACACUUGGAGAUGAAAGUGAUGAAGAUGAAAGCAAUGAAGAUAUCAGUGAUGGAAGAAGUGAAUCAAGUGAAGAAGAUGUUGCUGGAAAUGCAGACCCGUAAAAGACAUAAAUACCCCUGAACUCAAAUAUUAUAAGAUUUGUUUUUUUUUUUUUUUUUUUUUUUUUUUUUGUUUAAAAAUCUCCCACUCUUGAUACGGGUUUUGUCACAUAGUUUCUUGUAAAAUUUAGAGCAAAAAGCAGAGCCAUUUAUGCUUUGCUGUAGAUGUGUAAUGAAAAUUUGUUUGUAACUUUCACUUGCCACCCUGGAUUAUUUAAAGAUGAAUAUAAAUGGGAAUUUGGAAUUUAUCACAAA